CAACAUCAUAACCUUGCCACCGCCUUUCUCCAAGCACCAGCAAUGCAACUGGAGGCACUCCUCGACCGCGCGACAUCGCUCGCAAACACGGACCUCAUGCGUGGCGGCUUCGUGCCCUCUGCUGCGGAAGAACGGCUACUCCUCGACGACUCCGGCGCUCUGAAAUCCGGACUGGCUGCGGUUCAGGAAGAGAUCAAGAAGUUGACCGUUCAGCAAGAGCGGAUAACCCGUCAACUCGAUCUGAUCUCGUCGACCCUCGCGCCCGUUCGUCGUGUGCCACGCGAGAUCCUUUCUCAUAUCUUCGUGGUAUUCCUGGAGCUCUCGCGUAGCGACGACCCUACCCGGCUGGUCUCGCGCACUGUUGCUGGCGUCUGCCGCCUGUGGCGCGAUGUCGCACUGGAUACACCGCGAUUGUGGACUCAGAUCCGGGUGUCACGCAGAAAGUCAGACCCGACAAGUGUCUUGGACCGAUGCGUCGAGCAGGCGUCGAGGGCAGGCGGCCUUCCUCUCGAUCUGUCGGUCCACGACAGCGGUCCCGGAAGUAGGCUACUGGAGGAGCUCCUCGUCCGCUUAGGGUCACGGACUGCGCGUUUACAGUCCAUCAAUCUCUCGGGACGGUUCCCCUUCUUUGACGAGGGACAGCCUGAGCUUGAUCUUUCGGGCCUCCGAGUCUUGAAGAUCCAGACAGGACUGCCAUCGCGGGCAGGGUCACUGGCGUGCUUGCAGAGCGCAUCCAAUCUAACAAGCUUGAUAAUAACGUUCCACACGAACCGCGCCGAUGACCCGUUGCGCAUGCUCAAGGUCCUCACCUUCCCGAAGCUGGAACAUCUCGUUUUCAGCACCACGCACGUCUCUGUCAUGCCGCUUCUAGAUCUUCUACAGUCCUGCAGCACCACCCUCGAGAGUCUGCAUCUCGGUUUCGACGAGUUCACGCCCGUUGAGGAUCCUGACUUCAUCCCUGAAAUGAUUAAACUGCGCAUAGUGCGCUUGAGGCGAAGGACCCUCCAGAUGCUUAUGUGGAUCGACACACCUGCGGUCGAAGACGUCUAUCUUGACGGUGCUAUCGGUGCUGUCGGUACCAGAUCAGAAACCUUCACGACUCUACACACCUUCGCAGACUUUUCGAAGAUCAAGCGUCUGACCUUGAACGAAAUCCCCACCUAUCGUCACUACGAAACAGCCUUCUGGGCAUGCUUCGAGCGUCUACACGACUUGGAGGUAUUGGACAUAUGCUAUCACGGGUGGUUGCGCUACGAGCUCUACGACGAACUCAUCCCGCGACUCACUUUGGUUGAAGGUCGAUCACCACUCCUUCCACGAUUGACGACACUGUACUUCCGAUUUGUGUUACUCAAAGAGAGUGUACCCGCACUUUGUACGAUGAUUCUAUCGAGGCGCGACGCCCGCCUACGUUCCUUGCUUGAUGUGGUUCCCUUGCGAAAGGUGGUCACGAACAAGCAUGUUUACACGAUACAAUGAAGCACUGGACGUGUUCGAACCAUGACCGCAACUCGGUAUCUCCGUUUCACCAUGUACAUCGUACGCGGGGAUGUGGGGCAUGGCGCACGGCUCAUUGUCUCGAAAACAUAGAAGUAGAAACCAUGAAAGCGCGGGAUUCACUCCAAGUUUUACUGACUUCAAUAAUACUCCUAUCAAGCCUUGAAAUCAGCG